AACUCUCUGAUCUCUCUCUCUCAUAUUUAAGUUUUCCUUACACGACGUGAAACAUCAUGCAUGGGAGUACUACUUUUCAUUAGCUUGACUCUCUCCUUUUGGUAGCAUAGGAUUUACUUGUCAAGAGAGGAGAUCAGAGAGAGAGAGAUACUAGUUAUAUAUGUACAGUACUGAGCCUGUUGGUACGUACCUUCCAAUGAUUCUCUGAAAUCUUAUAAAGCCAAUGCGUGUCUUAUUCACAUUUUCAUUGUGAUUCCCUCAAUCUCGCUCUCUCCGGUCCUCUCUCGGCCGGCGGCUAUUCCACCAUCGGGUUCUGUAUUUCGUGGACUUGUGAAAUAUUCUAUUGCUGUCAUGGGCAAAACCAAAUCGGUUUUAGUACUGACUGGGAGAGUUACAAACAAGGCUGUGAGCUUCAUUGUCUUCUCUGUGCUAGAUCUUGUUGAUUUCCUUCUUUGUUUUGUUUACAAGUUAGUUGAUUUCUUCAUUGAAGACGAAUGGAAGCCAUGUUACUGCUGCUCCGGCAAAGAAGCCAUCACUAGUAGUGGCAAAAUGUUAUUGGUCUCCGAACGAGACGAAUCCAAGAUUGUUUGCCUUUGUUCCAGCAAACUACAACUGGACGAGAUCUCAGACACACUCUAUACACGUCCUUCUCUGGUGUCCGAGGUCUCGAACUUCACUGUAUCCGAGCUCAAACGGUUCAAGGAGGACAGGACAUUUAAUGUACAAUCUUGUGAGAAGAUCAAGAACGGCACGGUGCGCUCAACAUUCAAGGUUAACUCCACCAUUGCUGAAAUGCUACAAGGAAAGUUUGGAAGACAGCAAUUGCAUCCCAUUCCGAGGUGGUCCGACUGUAAUUGUAAAAUUUGCACUUCGUGGACCUCGUCUAGCAAAGAAACUCUUUUUGUUCAAGCCGAAGGACCCAAGGACAAAGCACGAGAAGAUGUCUUGUUCAUUCAUGGCUUCAUUUCAACUUCGGCAUUUUGGACGGAAACAUUAUUUCCAAAUUUCUCAAGUGCAGCCAAGUCAACUUAUCGCUUGUUUGCCAUUGAUCUGCUUGGGUUUGGAAGGAGUCCUAAGCCAACAGACUCCCUUUACACGCUCAGAGAGCAUUUAGACAUGAUUGAACGGUCCGUUCUCGAACCAAACAAAGUCAAAUCCCUCCAUAUUGUGGCUCAUUCUUUAGGUUGCAUUUUGGCUCUGGCUCUCGCAGUUAAGCACCCUGGAUAUGUUAAAUCUCUAACCCUUAUCGCACCACCAUAUUAUGCGGUGCCAAAGGGUGAACAAAGUACGCAAUAUGUGAUGAGAAGGGUAGCUCCGAGGUGUGUCUGGCCGCCGAUUGCUUUUGGAGCGUCAAUUGCAUGCUGGUACGAGCACAUUUCCCGGACGAUUUGUUUGCUCAUUUGCAAGAACCAUCGACUGUGGGAAUUUCUCACCAAACUCGUCACUAGAAACAGGAUUAGGACAUUCUUGCUUGAGGGUUUCUUCUUGCAUACGCACAACGCUGCAUGGCAUACGCUGCACAACAUCUUCUGCGGCACCGCCAGCAAACUUGACGCAUACAUGGAUGCAGUCCGUGAACACCUCAAGUGCGACGUUACUGUGUUCCAUGGACAAGACGAUGAGCUUAUUCCAGUUGAAUGCAGCUACAAUUUGCAAGCAAAAAUCCCUCGUGCCCGGGUCAAAGUGAUCGAGAAGAAAGACCAUAUUACCAUCGUUGUUGGAAGACAAAAGUCCUUUGCCAGAGAACUGGAGGAAAUAUGGAGGAAGUCAAGUGAUUAAUAUCAAGACUUUAAAGCUAGCCCGUUUGGAUACAAAAUUCAUAUCAACUUAUCUCAUCUCAUCGUUAUAAUAUUUUUAAAUUUUUACACAAAAUAUAAUAAAUAAUUUAACUUUUUUAAAUUUCUAAACAAUAAUAAUAUUAAAA